GCUCCUGUUGGGAAAGAGAGCAAGAGUUUCAGAAAGAGAGAGGCAUUUCAUUUGUAAACUCUAUAAACUCUUCAGUACUUGAGAGCCAAUCCAGAACUCUUCAAUCAAUCCUGAUACUUUUGGGCUUCCAGGACAAGCUGUGUCGGUUUUUCCUGCUCAAGUUCCUUUGCAGUUAACAGCCAUGCAGGUGUCCUUCGCGUGUACGGAUCACGGGUUGAAGGCCCCGCGCACCAGCGAGCCGAACAAGCAGAACACGUCGAGUCCGAACACGGCCAGCGCAGCACGGGCACGGUUCCGAACGGUGGCGCUGAUCGCCCGAAGCCUGGGCUCCUUUGCGCACAGGCACCACAUUUCCCUGAAAGAGUCAACUGGAAAACUCACUGGCAUGAAGUACAGGAAUCUUGGGAAGUCAGGACUGCGAGUAUCAUGCCUUGGACUCGGCACGUGGGUGACAUUUGGGGGACAGAUUUCGGAUGAGGUGGCAGAGCAGCUGAUGACUAUAGCCUAUGAAAAUGGGGUUAACCUCUUUGACACUGCAGAGGUCUAUUCAGCUGGGAAGGCUGAAAUAAUCCUAGGAAACAUUAUCAAAAAGAAGUGUUGGAGGAGAUCCAGUCUGGUUAUCACCACUAAACUGUACUGGGGAGGAAAGGCAGAGACAGAGCGUGGGCUCUCUAGGAAGCACAUUAUUGAAGGUCUGAAGGGUUCUUUGCAGAGGUUACAGCUGGAGUAUGUGGAUGUGGUUUUUGCCAAUCGCCCUGAUAGCAACACUCCUAUGGAAGAGAUAGUGAGAGCCAUGACGCAUGUCAUUAACCAUGGCAUGUCCAUGUACUGGGGCACGUCACGCUGGUCAGCGAUGGAGAUCAUGGAGGCGUAUUCUGUAGCGAGGCAGUUUAAUCUGAUUCCUCCUGUGUGUGAACAGGCCGAAUAUCAUUUAUUCCAGAGGGAUAAAGUGGAGAUGCAACUGCCUGAGCUUUACCAUAAGAUUGGUGUUGGUGUGGUAUCCUGGUCUCCUCUAGCUUGUGGCAUCGUCACAGGGAAAUAUGAAAACGGCAUCCCAGAAUCCUCCAGGGCGUCUUUGAAGUCAUACCAGUGGCUGAAGGAGAAGAUUCUGAGCGAGGAUGGCAGAAAGCAGCAGGCGAAGCUUAAGGAAUUGACCCACAUAGCUGAGAAGCUCAGCUGUACCCUGCCACAACUUGCCAUCGCCUGGUGCCUCCGUAAUGAAGGAGUGAGUUCUGUUCUCCUGGGGACCUCCAACCCUGCACAGCUCACUGAGAACCUGGGGGCGAUACAGGUUCUUCCAAAGAUCACUGCUAUUGUGGCCUCAGAUAUCGACAAAAUCCUGGGUAACCGUCCCCAGAGUAAGAAGGACUACCAUCACUAGGCCUUCCUGUGAACCUGUAAGCCUUGAGACUCAGGAUCCUGUGCCAGCCCUCUUGUUUCGGCGGGUGUCCACAGUGUGUGGUUCCCACCAUUGUGUGUCUGUGUCAACUUCUCCUGCAGAGAGCCAUUGUUACAGUUACAGUAGAAAUGCUAAAGUAUUAUGCAUGUUUCUGUUCGACCUAAACCUGAGCUUAACCUCGCAUUAAGAUCUCUGUGGAGGCACACCUGCCUGAG